ACUUUCCCUCAACCGUGUCACUUCCGCAUCGAGGCGUCAACGGCUUCUGGAAAUGAGCCACAGAAUGGAGAGUUUGCAACCUUUUUAAAAUAAUCUGUUUGGUAAAAGUCUGCAGUACGGGGUCGGGAGCUGAGGGAUGGAGGAGAAAGGAGAAGCUGCCUGUGGGGAGAUUGCGAGGUGCCCGGAGCACGGCAAGAAGUUGGUGUAUUUCUGCAGAGUGGAGAAACAACAGGUCUGCAGCAAGUGUGCGAUUAUAGGCUCACACCGAGGGCACACGGUGGUGGCGGUGGAGGAGGCCUUCAGAGAGUUGAAGGAAUCACUGUCUGCAAAGUUGGUGGAGUUGCAGGCAGAGAGCUCGGAGCAGAUCUCGAGAUUGGAAGAGAUCGAACGGAACACAACAGCGGCCCAGGAAGAAGCUGAGAUACUCCAACGGCAAGUGCAAAAAGAUUUUGCUGUUUUGCGGAACUUCCUAGAUUCGGAGGAAAGAGCUUUGACAGAAUUGAUAGCUGCUGAGAAACAACAGACCCUGGAGGAGUUGAUACGGUUGAAGACAGGAUGCUUGCAGAGAGUUAACCAUCUGAAAUUGCUGAUGGAUCCCCUUGAUGCAGCACUGCAGACCACUAACUUGAGUGGCGUCUUGAAGGUGCUGAACAUUUCCUCUGAAGGAUUCCGUAAUCCAUAUGAAAUGGUGAAUGACUCCAUUGUACGUUUUGAGGCUGAGAAAUUUUGUGGUCCACUGCAAUACAAAGUUUGGAAGAAGAUGUUUCAAGUAAUUAAGACAGUGCCUGAAGCUUACACCUUUGACCAUUCAACUGCUCACCCUCACCUUGAAAUCUCAGCAAACCGGCGGUCAGUCAUUCCCCUUCGCGAACCUUUGCCAGUUGUUUACAUGGAUCGUCGAUUCAAUGCUGCCCUUUGUGUUCUUGGUGCUGAAGCAUUUUCAACAGGGAAACAUUACUGGGAAGUGACUGUCAACAAGAAAGCCAAAUGGGAUCUGGGAGUUGCUUACAACAGUAUUUCUCGCCAUGGGAAUAUUGUCUACAGUCCGAGUAAAGGCAUCUGGUGUCUGACGUUGCGAGAUGGCUGUCACUAUGAGGCGUGUGAAGAGCCCGAAAUCCAGUUGAAGGUCCAGCGUAAACCAUGCCGAAUUGGUAUCUAUGUGGACUAUGAGGGCGGGAUAGUGUCGUUCUUUGAUGCUGAGAUGAUGGAGAUGCUCCAUGUCUUUCAAGCCCAUUUCACAGAUCCACUUCUACCUCUGUACAGCCCAUGCAAAGUGGAAGAGGGAGCACUGAGUGAUCAGCGACUCAGUAUCUUCAAAUUGAACAUGUGAUAUCGUUGAGGACAGUGUUCUCUGCUUUGUAUUGUUGGGGUUGUUCAAGUAGGGGCUCUGACCAUUUAUUGUUCCUCGCCCCAGUCGCAAACCAAAUAACAAUUUUGUUUUAAA